AUGUCUGGCCUCAUGCGGCUGGGCGCAGUGCGCGCGGCCUUGCCGCGCGCUCGCGGCUCGAGUGGGCAGCGCACGGCACCGUUUGUGCUGGGAGUGCGCCACUUCUCGCGCAUCGAUGCGUACCAGCACUACUACGGGAAGCUCAAAAACCAGGAGGGCAUGCUGCGGGAUACUGCCCGCAACGAGCCGUACCGACUGGCACUGGAGAAGGCGCUCCAGAAGAUGCAGGGCGCCACCGUCAUGGACAUCGGCACAGGGUCCGGGUUCUUGGCAUUGCUGGCGGCGAAGUAUGGUGCGGGCAAGGUCUACGCCAUUGAAGGCUCCCCGGAGAUUGCACAGGUCGCCUCCAAGCUGGCGAGGGCCAACGGCUUCGGAGCGGUGGUGGAGGUGAUCCCAAAACACCUCGAGGAGAUCACGGAGCAGGACAUUCCACUGGCAAGCGUGGACAUCAUCGUCUCCGAGCUGUUCUCCCACUUCCUGGUGGGGGAAGUGGGGCUGCAGGUGGUCACCGAGGCCAAGCGAUUUCUGAAGCCCAAAGGCCUUGUGCUGCCGCAGGAGGCGGUAUUGAAACUGGCGCCCUUCGAAGACGCCCAGCUCGGUGCCGAACUCCGUGGCAGACACAGCUUUUGGCAGACCAAGGACUUCAUGGGCCUCGACCUGUCUCCGGCGCUGGCGAUUGCGGAAGAGCAGCUGCUGAAGGAGCUGGUUCUGGACAUCGUGGCUCCGGAGCAGCUGCUGCUGACGGCGCAGCAGGCGCCCCAGGAGAGGCUGGAUUUGGUGACCCCGGACGACCCAGACGUGUGGCGGAAGAUGAGCUUUGAGCUCGUCUUCCCGCCCCGCGAGCGCGAUGCCCUGAUUGACGGCCUCUGCGGCUGGUGGGAUGUCAUCUUCUCGUCGCCGGAGGGUGAGACGUACUCGGUGCUUUCCACGGGCCCGGACGCAGCCCCGACUGUGUGGGCUCAGUGCCGCUUCCUGUUGCACAAGCCCAUGCGUGCUGCCAAGGAUGAUGUGCUCAAUGUGAAGUGCGAGCUGAAGAGCCACAAGGAACGAGAGUCCUACUCCUUGCAGAUGCUGCUGCGCAACGAGACCAGCAAGAUGCAGAGCCGAGUGGGCCCAGUGGAGCUGAGCAAUGUCUAUGCCAGGCAUUUCGCUCGUGCGAACCCCUUCCCCUACGAGACCUGGAGCAGCACCUGA